AGGUGUAAACAGUAUGCUAAACGUGCGCCAUCACACGCGUUAUCUGGGCGUGCACCAGUCUGCUGUUAUGCAACUGAACACCACUGAUCUGGUUCCUCUAGUGUUUGCAAGGACAUAGCUUUAGAUCAGCUUACUGUAAUCAUCUGAGUGCAUUUCUUAACGUGACUGUUCCGGUUUGCGACAGAUGUCCGAGUCCACUCAGCGACCACCUUAAAUUAGGGAGCAGGCUGUCAGGAUAAACACAAUCCACUCCGAAAGAAGGGAUAUAUUAGGUGUUUUAUUCGCAUCAUGAGUAACGCGUUUAAAAACUGCAAAACUGUCCUUGUAACCGGUGCUAACCGAGGCCUCGGUUUACAGAUAGUUGAAAGCUUAGUAACUGGAGGAUGUUGUCCAGGAAAGAUCAUCGCUACCGCACGCAAUCCGGGCCAAGCGAAGGAAUUGCAGAGCCUGUCCAAGAAUCAUCCAAACAUACACAUUAUCCCACUUGAUGUUGUCAGUGAAGAGAGUAUAAAGAAGGCUGCUGUGGAGGUAGAACAGAUUGUUGAGGAGGACGGCCUCAACUGCCUUAUCAACAAUGCUGGCAUCAACGUCAGAGCCAACUUUGAAACAGUAACCGCCGAGAAAAUGCUGGAGAACUUUCAUACUAAUUCUGUAGGACCCCUCAUGAUCACCAAGGCAAUGCUUCCAAUGUUGAAGCGGGCUGCUGUGAAAGGAGAAGGAAUGGGCAUCCACCGAGCUGCAGUCAUCAACAUGACCUCGCUCUUAGGCUCAGUGGAGCUCAACUGGGGAGAAGGUGCCAAUGGCUUUAAAUGGUACCCAUACAGAACAUCAAAGAGCGCACUGAACAUGAUCACUAGAUGUAUGGCAGUGGACCUGGAGGCUGACGGGAUUCUCUGUAUGGCUAUUCAUCCUGGCUGGGUUCGCACAGAUAUGGGAGGGCAGGAGGCACCUCUAAAUACAGAAGAGAGCAUCAGCUCUGUCUUGGCUGUGAUUGGCAGCUUGACUGAGAAAGAUCAUGGCACAUUUUUGCAUUACACUGGAGAAGCUCUGCCCUGGUGAUGCCUAUUAAAAACCAUGGUGCUUUAAUUCUUGCAAUAGUUUGAUAAUACCAGAUUCUUAAAAAAUAAUUCCACAAUAGUUUAAAAUUGUAGCCAAUAUAUUAGGAGGAAAAUAUUGAAAGAUUUGCUGAUGUUUAAUGUGCACUAUACUGAUAUGAGUAAAACAGAAUAUCACUGUAUAUGAGAAAAGUCUCCUUAAGCAAGUAUGUCUAAAAUCUAACUGGAAAAAUAAGUGCAUUUAUAGCAUCUUAUAGCUUGAAAUAUCUUGAAAUAAUAAAUAUUCUAUAUUUGUGUGUA